UUCUCCCAUUGCACAUGCUCUUAGUUCUUUCUUAUUUGAUCAACAACACAACACAAUUUCGAAAUUUUACACUUCCUCGCGUGUUAUCUUCUUUCUCUCUCUCUAUUGAAUUCGCCAUUUUCCCUUGAGUUUCACGUCUCUCUUCGCAGGAACUUUGCGAUCUCCAGAUUGAAUCUGUAACCAUGGCUUCCAUGAGCUUCGCCUUGACUCGCUUCUCUGGACUCACUGCUAAAACCAGCUUAUCAGCUGACUUUGAUCCCUCCUCUCGCCGGAAUUUUCUACCGCCGACUAGAGUUGGUCUCAAGAUCUCUUCUUCUUCGGAUACCUCUGCCGAGUCGGACCCUGAUCUGAGUGUUACCGUAAAUGGCCUGAAAAUGCCGAAUCCUUUCGUGAUCGGGUCGGGUCCUCCGGGUACAAACUACACCGUCAUGAAGAGAGCCUUCGAUGAAGGCUGGGGAGGAGUCAUCGCCAAAACCGUGUCACUAGAUGCAUCCAAAGUUAUCAACGUCACACCUCGAUACGCGCGGCUACGAACCGGAUCCAAUGGCUCAGCCAAAACAGAUGUAUUUGGGUGGCAGAACAUAGAACUCAUCAGUGACCGACCUCUUGAAACCAUGCUCAAAGAGUUUAAGCAGUUGAAACAAGAGUACCCUGACCGGAUCCUUAUCGCAUCCAUCAUGGAGGAAUAUAACAAAACUGCUUGGGAAGAGCUCAUUGACCGUGUUGAGCAAACUGGUGUUGAUGCUUUAGAGAUCAACUUCUCGUGUCCUCACGGAAUGCCUGAGCGCAGAAUGGGAGCAGCUGUUGGACAAGAUUGUGCGCUUCUGGACGAGGUUUGCGGGUGGAUUAACGCUAAAGCUACAGUUCCAGUGUGGGCUAAGAUGACUCCUAAUAUUACUGACAUAACAGAGCCGGCCAGGGUAUCUCUGAAAUCAGGAUGUGAAGGAAUUUCAGCCAUCAAUACAAUCAUGAGUGUAAUGGGAAUUGACCUGAAGACACUGCAUCCUGAGCCAUGCGUUGAAGGUUACUCAACUCCAGGAGGCUACUCUUAUAAGGCCGUUCGCCCAAUUGCUCUCGCCAAAGUAAUGAACAUUGCCCAAAUGAUGAAAUCUGAGUUCAGUGAGAAAGAUUGCUCGCUUUCAGGUAUUGGAGGUGUUGAAACUGGCUAUGACGCAGCUGAAUUCAUUCUCCUCGGAUCAAAUACUGUACAGGUAUGCACCGGUGUGAUGGUGCACGGCUAUGGUCAUGUGAAAACUCUAUGCGCCGAGCUUCAAGAUUUCAUGAAACAGCACAACUUCUCGACAAUAGAAGACUUCAGAGGGCAUUCGCUUCAGUACUUUACAACACACACAGAUUUAGUCAGGAGACAGAAAGAAGCGAUUGAGCAGAGAAAAGCCGAGAGGAGAGGCUUGAAAUCUGAUAAAGAUUGGACCGGAGAUGGGUUCGUGAAGGAGACUGAGAGUAUGGUUUCUAACUAAGUUCAGUAGCGUGUGAUGAAGUGGUAAAAAGUUUGCAACUUCAUUCACGACCAAAUCGCAAAGGCUCUUACUUUCUAUCGUUUCACAUCGACUUCUUAAGUUCUCACUUACAAAAGAAAUGUAAUAAGUGUAUGUAUCUUAUUUCCUUCUCGUUGUGUAUCAAUAUGUAUCAUAUAUAAUGUAUCCGUUGCCACCAUUUCUUUCAAGUUGUCUUCAUUUGUUACCGA